AGCAUGCACCAGUCGCGUCUGAUCUGUGUGGUGACAUGAGGAAGAAGAACUGGGAAGAGGAUAUAGCGUAGCAGCGUCUUACACAACCCAACCCCCAUGCGUACGGUAGCUACGUCUCUGCUCUGCAGCAGUGGCAACGGUGCAUUUCAAGAGCGGACAGCUUAUGUUAUCUUCCCCCUCUGACUGCACUGCCUCUGCAUCCAUCCCAUUCACUCUGUUCCUCCCACUCCACCUCUUCCUCAUCCUCCCAACAGCGGCAUCAUUAGGCAGGACUACAGACCGUCCGGGAUCACCAACGGCAAUCACUGGAUGCUCAGGUUUGCCCUCUCUGAAGGAGUCGUGGUGGAGAUGCUAAAUCAUCAUUACCUCCAUUAACAACCGGAUUCUAUUCUAGCUCAGGAGACAAGGAGAAGAAAAACCACCCCAAACAACGAAAAAGGAGUCUUAGAUGUUUGUGACGAUCUUUGUCGGCGCUGUUGGGUAGUUGAUUCGUUUCUUCUAUUUGCUUGAUUGUUUUUAUCUUCUCUGAGACUGGCUAGCAGGCACUGCAGCACCAGGAAGGACUGCAGGAGCCGUGAAGGGUAGGGCAUGAGGACCCAGAGGCGAGCCAGCGGAAGGGCUUGAGCUACCAUUGCUGCUGCCCCUGCUGCUGCUGAGGUGCUUAUCUUGAUUUUUUUUCUCCAGAAAGGGCGGCUGGUUGGGGUGGGUUGUGACAGUGCAGGUACUCAGGACCCUGCAGAGUGGAGUGGGUGGCUCUGGCAUAGAGGAGCCAGGCAGGGAGGCAGGACGUCCGGUGGGAAAGGAGGAGAGAAGAGAAGAAGAAGGGCUGGCUCAGGCUCGGGCCCCUGAUGGUGGCUAUUUUUAUCUCCCCUAGCUGAGUGAUUGGGGACAGCCGGUAAAGGGAAAGAUGCUUAUGGGUGCGGGACGAGACACGGCGCGGGAUGAGGCCCAGAAGCUUCACCGGAAAUGGCUGAAGCACCAGGCCUUCAUGACCGAGCUGGCCCGCAACAAAGAAUGGCUGGCCAAGAUAGAGCAGGAGGGUCAGGAACUGAUCGAUGAGAAGCCGGAGCUGCGUUCGGUGGUGCAGCAGAAGCUGGAGGAGAUCAGGGAGUGCUGGACGGACCUGGAGAGCACCACCAAGGCCAAGGCCCGGGCUCUGUUUGAGAACAACAAACCAGAGCCGGUGGUGAAGAGCUACUCAGACCUGGACCACCAGCUCUCUGGCCUGGAGAAACAGCCCCCUCAGCUGGAGCAGGCUCACCAUCUGCCCACCUUCAAUGAGCAGCUGCAGAAAUUCCAGUCUCAGAUGGGGGACUUGUACAAGGACGUAGGGGAACUAGGGUCCCUCCAGGGGGUGUGCCUCCCCCAGCGAGGCAGCCUGGAGAAAGGCAGGGAAGGAGAAGGGGGCGAGCAGCCAGCUGUGGUGGAGACCCGCAUCGUGCGCCUCAUCGAGCCCCUGAAGGAGAGACGUCGCAUUCUGCUGGCCUCCAAGGAGAUGCAUCAGGUCGCCCAGGACCUGGAGGAAGAGAUACUGUGGAUCCAGGAGCGGCUUCCUCUGGCUUCCUCUAAGGAUUACGGCAACAACCUGCAGAGUGUUCAGCAGCAUGUCAAGAUCAACCAGACGCUGCAGAGGGAUCUGCAGGGUCGCCGGGCGCGGGUUGAGGAGGUGUUGGACCGGGCGGGGAUCAUCGCCUCUCUGCGGACCCCCGAGGUGGACUUUGUGCGCGAGGGGGCAGGGCACGUGCGUCAGCUUUGGGAGGUGCUGAGGCUAGAGGCGGAGAGGAGGACUGUGAUGCUGGAUGUGGUGCUGCAGGCCCAGCAGUAUUACAGCGAGGCGGCCAAAGUCGAGUCCUGGCUGGCAGGCCAGAAACUGCACCUCAUCAGCGAGGAGAAGGGUAUGGACGAAGCAAGCACCCUGCAGCUGCUGAAGGAGCACCUGGCCUUGGAAGCGAUGGUGGAGAACUACGCUGAGACAGUGGGCAUGCUCUCCCAGCAGUGUCAAAGGCAGCUGGAACUGGCACACCCAGACAGUGAGGGGAUCACCAAGCAGCAGUCCCACAUAGACCGUCUGUACGUGUCUCUGAAGGACAUGGUGGAGCACAGGAAGACCAAACUGGAGCAGCAGUAUUGGAUGUACCAGCUCAACAGAGAGGUGGAGGAGUUAGAGAAGUGGAUCACUGAGCGGGAGGCCGUUGCCAGCUCCACUGAGCUGGGCCAAGACCUGGAAGAUGUCACGAUGCUACAAGAAAAAUUCACCAAGUUCUGCUCAGAGACCAACAGCAUAGGCCAACAGAGGAUGGAGCAGGUGAAUAAGAUGGUGAACGAGAUGAUAGACUGCGGCCACACGGACGCGGCCACAAUCGCUGAGUGGAAGGAUGGACUGAACGAGUCAUGGGCCGACCUACUGGAGCUCAUGGAAACCCGAGGACAGAUGCUAACAGCAUCAUACCAGCUGCACAAGUUCUUCACCGACUGCAAAGAGGUCUUGGUUCAGAUUGCGGGGAAGAUGAGGCAACUACCAGAGGUGAGGGCGUGCCAAGCCAGCAUCGCCAACCCGGCCACGCUGCAGAGGCUCAUGCGCUCUUUUGAGCACGCCCUCCAGCUGCUUGUCUCACAGGUAAGGCAGCUGCAGGAGAACGCGGCCCAGCUGAGGGCCAUCUACGCCGGGGAAAAGGCAGAGGCCAUCAUGAGCAAGGAACAGGAAGUGAUGUCAGCAUGGAAGGAGUUGCUGGUUUCCUGUGAGGCCAGUCGCGUGCAGGUCACCUCGGUGACAGACAAGGUCCAGUUCUUCUCAGUGGUGCGUGAGCAUCUCAUGUGGAUGGAAGGCAUCAUGGGACAGAUUGGAGGGGACGACCCCAGGGAUUCGUCCUCUACGGAGGUGAUGAUGAAACAACAUGGUGAGCUGAAAGCCAAGAUGGACGGCCGCAGUAAGCCCCUACAACAGUGUGUUGAGCUGGGAAAGAUCCUGUUGGCCGCAGGCAACCCAGCAGCUGAGGAGAUAAAGGAUAAGUUGGACACACUCCUGGCUAAGCAGAAGGAUCUCUCUGAGAGAUGGGACAAACACCAGGAAAAGCUACAGCGCAAGAAGGAUCAGUUCCAGUAUGCCCAGGAGACGGUGACGGCGGAGGCCUGGCUGAAGGCCAAGGAGCCGCUAAUCAACUCUAGCUCCAACUCCAGGGAGGCUGGGGCUGCUGGAGGAGAGGCCCAGGCUCAGACUGACGAGGUGGAGCAGCUCAUCCUCCGCCACGAGGCCUUCCGUAAGGCUGCAGCUACCUGGAAGGAGCGCUUCAGCUCACUGAGACAGCUCUCCAACGCAGAGAAGCUGAGAGAAGAACAGAGCAGCAAGCCUGCCCCAACGCCACUCUCCAGUCGGAGGAUGUUCCCAUCAUCCUGCCUCACUCCGACCUUUCCCCUUGCUACCUCAACUCUGCUGAGGCAGACGGUGCAGCUGCAUAUUGAGCCCAGGCCCAAGCAGACUAGUCUGGGGAUGGCUGCCUCUGCCUCCACUGCAGCCCAGAGGUUGGGUUCUACCAUGGCCAGCUACACUCCUGUCAUGAAUGGCUCCAGUUACCAUGGACUGGACCAUCAAAGCAGCAGCGGGGGGUUGGAGAGUUCUAACUACCCUGGGCUAAACCAUCAGGCCUGUGGAGGUGUGGACAGCAGCUCCAGUUACCUUGGAGUGAACCAUCAGACUGCCCCCCCGCCAGUGGAUAGUUCUGGCUACCUUGGACUGAACCAUCAAAGCAGUCCAGGCUACCUACCUCAAAAUCAAAGUAGUGGGGGUAUGGGUAGUCCAGGUUACCUGCCGCAAAAUCAAAGCAGUGGGGGUAUGGGUAGUCUAGGCUACCUGCCGCAAAAUCAAAGUAGUGGGGGUACGGGUAGUCAAGGCUACCUACCGCAAAAUCAAAGUAGUGGGGGUAUGGGUAGUCCAGGUUACCUGCCGCAAAAUCAAAGUAGUGGGGGUACGGGUAGUCAAGGCUACCUACCGCAAAAUCAAAGUAGUGGGGGUAUGGGUAGUCCAGGUUACCUGCCGCAAAAUCAAAGCAGUGGGGGUAUGGGUAGUCUAGGCUACCUGCCGCAAAAUCAAAGUAGUGGGGGUACGGGUAGUCAAGGCUACCUACCGCAAAAUCAAAGUAGUGGGGGUUUGGGUAGUUCAGGCUACCUCCCGCAAAAUCAAAGUAUUGGGGGUAUAGUUAGUCCAGGCUACCUUGCGCAAAAUCAACACAGUGGUGGUAUGGGUAGCUCAGGCUACCUUGCACAAAAUCUAAGUAGUGGGAGUAUGGGUAGUUCAGGCUACCUGGCUCAAAACCAUCAAAGCAGUGGUGGUAUGGGUAGUUCAGGCUACCUGGCUCAAAACCAAGGUAGUGGGGUUAUGGGUAGUUCAGGGUACCUUGCGCAAAAUCAAAAUAGUGGUGGUAUGGGUAGCUCAGGCUACCUUGCACAAAAUCUAAGUAUUGGGGGUAUGGGUAGUUCAGGCUACAUUGCACAAAACCAAGGUAGUGGGUGUAUGGGUAGUUCAGGGUACCUUGCGCAAAUCCAAGGUAGUGGAGGUAUGGGUAGUUCUAGCUAUCUGCCUCAAAGUGGUGGGGUCAUGGACCCCAAAAUGGCAUAUGCGUGGCAGCAUCUGAAAGCCGACUGCAUGCAGCCCAGGAUCAACCAUAUCCACAAGGCUGUCAACCCCCUCCUGGAGGCCAGCAGGGCACAGAGGGAACAGUUUGGGGACAUCCCCAUGGUAGACAUGAUCGGACCAGAGUCCGGCCUGGAGCUCCUCCAUGGCAGGCUUCAAAGGGACCCCCGCGGCAGCCGCUCUGACCCCCAGAUGGACCACCUGCGGCGGGAGAGGGAGUACAAGCUGGGCCGCCAGACGUCCAGCGAACAGGAGAUCCAGGCGCGGCUCAACGAGCUGCCAAUGAUCGUGCGUCAGGAGCGCUAUAGGCGACGCCUGGAGAGGCAGUCGUCCAGCGAGCAGGAGGGCAGUGGGAAGGCGAGGACACCAAGGCAGGACGACUCCAGCGACAUGGAGUCAGCCAAGGAAGGCUCUGACAAACGCUCAACAGAGAAGAGAGCCACCACCAUGGCUGAGAUUGUGGAGCAGGCCCAGGAGAGAGAGGCAGCACAAGCCAGAGGGGAGACGUACCGCCCCACCAGCAGCCUCUCAGCACCCAUGACCUACGAGCGCCCGCGCGCCCGAGACCGCCCCAAACCCCGCAGGAGACCCCGCCCCAAAGAGCUUGAGGAGAAGCGGCGCUCUCGCUCUGCUCCAGCCCAGAGUCCGGCGCAACUCUUGCCGCCCUCACACACUGCCCAUAACGAAGGCUUCCUGUACCGCAAACACGACUUUGAGGGCCAGCAAAAGAGUCCCAGCAGUAAGUCGUGGGUGAACUUGUAUUGCGUGUUGUCAAAAGGAGAGAUCAUUUUCUACAAGGACGCCAAGAGCAUCACCACACCUUACAAUGAAGAAACCCCACUCGACCUGAGCGUCUGUAUAUGUGAUAGCACCAUGGGAUACAAGAAGAAGAAAAAUGUCUUCGUUAUCAAGAAAAAUGAUGGCAAUGACUAUAUUUUCCAUGCAAAGGAUGAGGAGGACCUGAAGGCUUGGGUCACUAACAUCACCACCAGUAUAACAGAACACGAGGAGAUCGCCAAGUGGGACAAACCCACGACCUCGUCCACAGAUCCCGACCGCUCGGAGAGGAAAGAGAAGUCAGAGGGUGACGCAGAUGCCAGGUCAGAGAGAUCUGAGAUGGGAGGAGAAGAGGAGGAAGAGAGGUCUGAGAAGGGAGAGGGGUCCGAGAAGACAGGCGAGGGCUCCGAGAAGGCAGACACGUCGGAGAGGGGUGAGAUGGCAGAGGGAGGGGCAGGGGGCUCCAGCACGUCAGGGAAGAGCAAAUGAUCCCCGCUAAGUGGAGGAGUGGACUGCAUCCAACCAUCUGCCCGCUCCAUCCUAACAUUACCCUAAGACACCAGACGGUGGUGAGCAAGCGAGACGGAGGGAGAGUGUGUGCAUUUUUGUGCAUAUCUUCUCUCUCUUUCUCUCUCUCUCUCUCUAUAUCUCUCUGUCUCUCUCUCUCCCUGUGACAUCCUGAGGCUUGUGUCCUUGGACUACCUAAUGUUAACUGUGACAGACUGAUCUUUCAGCCCCUAUCCCAGGCAAAAUACAUCAAUGCUUGUAUUGCAUUUUGGCCCUUGCUGGUAGGUUGGAGGAUGGUGGAGAUGAACCAGCGCCACCGUGUGGUCACAGGCAUUCAUCACAGUCACAACUCAUUGAUAAUUUAUCUCUUGGAUUCACAGCAUCU